UGACGAGUAUAUACUGUUAGAAUGGUCUAUAUAUCGAUCUUCUCUCGGCUUAAAUAUUAAGUCGAUGAGAUAGUUUCAACGCCACAUGUGACACAAAAUCUAAACAAAUGUGGAAGUUGGUAUUUUGAGUGUCUCGUUAAAUCGGUCUUCAAAGAUAAUUGCGUGGAUUAUGGGAGUAAAUUAGGCCAGAUGACCUCUGACAUGACAUGCCGUUUUGCAUCGUAUGAUAUACAAAACAGGUUAAUGUUUUAUAUGUGAACUUGUGUCGCUGGCUUUGGGGUUUUAUAGAGAGGGACGUAUAUCUGUUAAAGUGGACCUAAAGGCCUGGACACGAUGGUUGAAAUUGGAAUGCCGAUGUUAGCUCUGGAUCAGACAUGGAGUCAAAGAAGAGCUUUCCAUUCUCGGAUACAUACCCCGAAACCAACGGGCAUGGACAGGAAGUUUGUAGAUGAAGUCAUAGCUGCGCAUAAUGCAUAUCGUUCUUGCCAUCAGGCGGGACCGUUAUCUCAGUCACGAGAGUUAUCACUAACUGCACAGAAAUGGGCGGAUCAAUUAGCGUCAACCAAUUCCUUCCAACAUAGCAACAGUAGUCAUAGAGGACAACCGCUUGGUGAAAACAUUGCCAUGAAAUGGUCUUCCAGGCCUGAUGCCUAUACCGGCCAGGAAGUAACAGAUCAAUGGUAUGGAGAAGUAAAGAUGUAUACAUUUGGCGGCGAACCAAGAACACUUAAUGCAGGCCAUUUUACUCAGGUGGUGUGGAAAGGUAGUAAAGAGAUAGGUGUUGGUAAAGCUCAGACUAGAGAUGGUAAAAUUAUAGUGGUAGCUAAUUAUUUACCAGCUGGUAAUAUGAUUGGAGAAUAUGCGUACAAUGUGCUGCCACCAAAAGAUGGCAAGAUAACUUUACCACAACCAACAAGAGAAAAACUACAUACAAAAUUUGGUGGAGAUGAUUUUUCCUCAGUCAGUAGAUUUAACAAUAACACCGAAUUCCCAAAAAGUGAAAAAUACGGGAGUUCGAAUAAUUCUACCUCAACGACGCAUUCCUUCGAUGACUUUAAUGAUAUGAAGAGAAGUUUGUUUGGUGGAAGCGGUUAUCCCACAGAAAGUAUUUCUACCCGAGGCUAUCAAUCCAGUGGAGAGAGUCGCAGUACCAGGACCUUUACUGUAACCGAGGGACAUGGUGCCAACAAAGUUACCAAAAUCAUUGAAGAAGAGACCAUUACCAAACCAGAUGGCAGCAGAAUUACCAACAGAAAAGAGACUGUAAAAAAUGAUAAUGAUGGUAACCAGCAAGGUUUCGGAAGUUUUGGCAAUGAACCGUUUGGUGACAGUGGUUCCCAUAGAUUUGGUGGGAUGUUUGCAAGGAGUGAAACUAGUCGACCUGAACCAUCCAGAUUUGAUACUAGAGGAAGAUUUAACAGAAAUGCUUCAGAUAAGCCUUCCACCACUACGGAUUCUUUUUCUGGAUCACGUCAAAACCCACAAACCAUGACUGAAUUUAUAGAUGGAUGUGUCAAAGUUCACAAUAGAUUAAGGGCAAAGCACGGUGUACCGGAAUUAAAACAUAGCCCGGAAUUGAGUGAUUAUGCGCAGAAAUGGGCCGAACAACUUGCGACUACAGACAGCUUCCAGCACAGUCAGUGCAAUUUAAAAGGCCAACGUUUGGGAGAGAAUAUCGCAUGUAAAUGGUCUUCAGGCGGAGGGGAUUAUACUAGUGAAGAAGCUGUUGAACAAUGGUAUAGUGAAAUAAGUAAACAUGAUUAUAGUUCACAGAGGUCAUUAGGAACAGGCCAUUUUACACAAGUGGUAUGGAAGGAUAGUAAAGAAUUGGGAAUAGGAAAAGCCAGAGCAGCCGGAGGAAAAAUUGUGGUAGUAGCCAGUUACAAACCGGCUGGCAACGUAAUCGGCAAUUAUAAAGAGAAUGUUUUUCCCCCAAAAUAACUACGCACAAAAACUUGCCUAAGAUUUUACAAAUUUAACCUAUUAUAAUUAUGCUAUAUUGAAGUGUCAUCAAAACCAUGUAUAGAUUUUGUAAGAUUACACUAAAACAAGUUCAUGUUUGGGAAAAUGAAUGCGAUUUAAAUCCGCUCCAUUUCAUCACGUCUUUUUGACUUUAUUUGAAACCAGUAAGUUUAUGAUAUUCAUUUGCUAAUAAAGCAAAUUUGGAAUAGUUUAAUUGUGGUCUAAAAGCUAACUUGGUCUUUAAAAAUUUAAAAACGAACUUAAUCACUUCCAUUACAUCAUAGAAUAUAAAUCAUGUUGGCCCAAUAAGUAAGAUUCGCCGAACUAAUUAUAAGCAAUGUCAAGGUGGGGGUUAGAUAGCAAAUAAUAAGGUGGUCAACUAGGCUAACUUCAUAUAUAUGUAUCUCCCUCCGUACGUUGUUGAUGCAAGGUUGUUCGGCGUGGAUACUGAUUACAUAAAUACACCAACAGAACAUUUCGUUAAUAUAUCUUUUUAAAUUAAGUACAUAUCUAUCGUCCGCUAACGUCUUAUAAGGUAUUAUCUUUAAUACGGGUAUAGGUUUAUAUUUUACUCGGUGCUAUGUAAAACAUCAUUCUUUAAACUAUUUUAUAAUUAAUAACGACAUUGUAGUUAUCUAUUAUAGAUCAUUUCUAGAAAUUACGACUGUUAUUUCCCACAAUUUGUUUUUAUUAAUAACAGCUGUUAAUAUAUAUUGUAAAACACCAUUUCCCACAAAUUGUUAUUAUUAAUAACGACUGUUAAUAUCUAUUAUAAAACACCAUUCCACCAAAACUAUUAUUAUUAAUAACGAUUGUUAAUAUUUAUUGUAAAACAUCAUUCCAUCAAAAUUGUUUUAUUAUUAACGACUGCUACUAUUAAUUGUAAAACAUUAUUCCCUCAAAAUAGUUAUUGUUAAUAACGACUGCUAAUAUUAAUUAUAUAACAUAAUUCCGCACAAUUGUUAUUAUUAAUAACGACUAUUAAUAUCUAUUAUAAAACAUAAUUCUCCCAAGCAAAAUUAUUAUUAAUAAUGACUGUUAAUAAUUAUACUAAAACGUCAUUUCUCAAGAUUGUUAUUAUUAUUAAUGGCUGCUAAUAUCUAUUAUGAAACAUCAUUCCACCAAAAAUUGUUAUUAUUAAUAACGACUUUUAUUAUAAAACAUCAUUCCCAAAAAUAUUGUUAAUGUUAAUAACUAUGGCUAAUAUUUAUUAUAAGACAUUAUUCACCCUGUACAACGUACAACAUUUAAACAUCUAUUAUAAAACAACAUCCCAAAUAUACUGUUAUAUAAAUACUGUUAUAAUUGUGUACUCCGAAUUAUAAUCAAUAGCAAAUGUUAUAAGCCAUCAUUCCCUAAAAUAUUAACCACAAACAUCUAUUAUAAAACAAUUCGAAACUAGUGUUAAUGUUAUAAUUAUUUUCUUAGAAUUAUAAUUAAUAAUGACUGUUAUAAGCAUUAUCAUUCCCCUAAAUAUUUGUGUAAUAAUUCAUAACGACUUGCUACUAUAAACAAAACAUUUUGUGUAAUAAUUCAAAAUGACUUUAUAAAACUGAUAUUGUGUAACUUGAAGGCAUAUUAUUAUAAUUAUCUCGAUACGAAAAAGAAGUAAGCAUAAUUUACUCGAAAAUUCAUUCUUUUCUAACCUUUAUAUACAUUCCAUUGUUGUUAUUAUUUAUACUAUUAAUAAUAUAUACGUAUACUGUUGUUAAUGAUGCAUAAUAAAUCAAUUAUUUACUA